AUGUCCUCACCUUCAUUCUUCAACAUUGGAAUUAUCGAUGUUAAUCCAGAAUCUAACCUCCUUUCUGACGUCCCAAUGGCCGACCUAAGCCGUGCUUUCUUCAUUUGUUGGCAAGAAUAUUCUACAGAAGGCAUACCACUAGACGAAGAGACUACCACUGGGGUGGAGCUUCGAGGAGGGUCACUCACUCCCCUAGGGUGUUUCAUCCCUGCUAUAUUGCAGAAUCCGCUGGUUAUCCGUAAUAUCCGGAAUGAUCCGCGCAUUGGAGGGCUGAAGCUUGUCGUAUAUGAGGUAUAUCAAGAGGCCGUUCUUUUCUGUAAGCAUAAGGACUGCCCCCUCAUACAUCCGAAAUCAGCUAAAGUUGCAGGGCGUUCUCGAUCAAAAUGGCUGCUUCGCGGCUCAAUGCUCGACCUAUCUCGAACUAUGUAUCCCUUCCGGAACGCGUACGGGAUAUCAUCCUUAUACAAUCUGCACUACGUAACAUGUGUUAGCGAGGAUAUCGGUGUUCUUCCGUAUUAA